AUGGCUGUGACCCUGUGGGCGAAGUUUCGACCUACUGCUGCUCUCCUCCUCGCCUGCGGCUCCUUCCCCUUCAGCGGGAUCUUCGAGAGCCCGCGGCCGACAUUCCGCGUCUGCACCAUCCCUUUCCUCUACUCCCUCAUGGUUUCCUGCCUUUCCUUCUUCAUCAGCCUGGAAGUGAUCCAGAGGCAGGCGAAUCGCUUCUCGAUCCAAGAAAACAAGGAGCAGGAGGGAAUGAGCCCUUUCCAAUCUGUUGUGCACGGCAUUCUCAUCAUGAAUUUACAUCUCUUGUCUCUGUUCUACCAGUUCUAUUCCCUCAUAUUCGGUCGCAGCAUUGCGAGUCUCUUUCGUCGCUUUGAAAAGACCUUUGGGCACUGCUCCAGCAAUAUCCCCCGUUGGAUUCCCUUCAUUGCGAUCAUCAUCAUCGCACUGAUCUAUCUCUUGAGAUUCUACUUAUUGAACAACAUGAGACUGAGCCUCCUCCUGGAGUACAAGUUCUACUACGAAGCCGUGAUCGGUUUCAACAGCGCGAGCAUCACGGUUUUGACCCUGGCCUUCUGCCUGGAAUUAGCUCAUACCCUACACGAGAUCCGCACUGACUCAGAUUCCAUACUCAUCCAGACGAAAUACGCCGACGUAUGGAUGCUGGCCGGCCAAUUGGGCAACGCAUUGACUUACCCGAUCCUGGUCUCCCUACUCAACAACAUCCUCAUGGUCUUCGCCGAGCUCUACAACAUUUCCUCCAUGAUACGCUCGGUAUCCAGCUGCAAAUCGAUCGAUGCCAUGGAGUUCUACAAGUCGGGUUUGAACCUUCUUCAGCAGCUCGUCCGACUCCUUCUCCUCACCUUCGGCCCAUAUUACAUCGAGGAAAAGGCGCGUGAUGGCGAUCGUUUGUUUCUGGAGGUGGCGUGA